UCCAACGUCAGGCAGAACGAGGGGACGCAAGCUAGGCAGGCCAGAGCCGCUGCCGUCGCCAUGACCCGCGGUAACCAACGCGAGCUUGCCCGCCAGAAGAAUAUGAAAAAGCAGAGCGACUCGGUUAAGGGAAAGCGCCGAGAUGACGGGCUUUCUGCUGCUGCCCGCAAGCAGAGGGACUCGGAGAUCAUGCAGCAGAAGCAGAAAAAGGCAAACGAGAAGAAGGAGGAACCCAAGUAGCUUUGUGGCUUCGUGUCCAACCCUCUUGCCCUCCGCCUGUGUGCCUGGAGCCAGUCCUACCACGCUCGCGUUCCUCCUGUAGUGCUCACAGGUCCCAGCACCGAUGGCAUUCCCUUUGCCCUGAGUCUGCAGCGGGUCCCUUUUGUGCUUCCUUCCCCUCAGGUAGCCCCUCUCCCCCUGGGCCACACCUGGGGGGUGAGGGGGUUACCCCUUCCCAGUGUUUUUUAUUCCUGUGGGGCUCACCCCAAAGUAUUAAACGUAGCUUUGUAAUUC